GGAUUCUGGGAUAUAUAAGCCCAGGCUGAAGAUAGCAGACAUAUUCUCUCUCUGGCAGGUAACAAGGAAGGAGUGACUGCCUACUGAAGGAAUUUGAGACCUGGUGCUGCUUGCCUAGGUUUCCCAGGACUGCCUACUCUGCUAUCUAGGUGCUACAUGACUACAGGGAGUCUCCCAGAAUGUCAAACUUUGAACAAUUUCAUUCAGACUUUUACCAGUCCAGCUAUACCAUUGAUAAUCAAGAACCAGGGUACAAUCAUUCUGAGGUCAAUGAAAAUCUUUAUGGAAACAGAAAGUACCAAAUAGAUGAGUUGCCUCAACCUGCUGCAUUUGUUUCUCCAGAAAUAAUUCCAUCUUCUCAAAAUUACACAGGCCAGAUUUUGCAGCCAACCUACAAUCCAGAGUUUUUAUCGCAUUCUAAUUCUUCUAGCAGUUUUGAUGAAGAACCGCCUUUGUUAGAAGAACUUGGGAUCAAUUUUGAUCAUAUAUGGCAAAAAACAUUAACUGUCCUAAACCCAAUGAAACCAGCAGAUGGCAGCAUUAUGAAUGAGACAGACAUGACUGGGCCUACAGUUUUCUGUUUGACUCUUGGUGCUACACUGCUACUGGCAGGAAAAGCUCACUUUGGCUAUGUGUAUGGUAUGAGUGCUAUCGGAUGCCUAGGAAUACAUGCUUUAUUGAACCUGAUGAGCAUAGCAGGAGUCUCAUAUGGCUGUGUUGCAAGUGUAUUGGGCUACUGCCUGCUACCCAUGGUGAUUCUGUCCAGCUGUGCAAUCUUCUUCUCGCUACACACACCCCUAAUACAUGCUUCAGAAGACAUCUUUACAAACCAUGAAUUUCCAGCCGGCUAUGCCACCUUCCUUGCUUCUCAGUCCAGAGCAGGAUCUAGGAAACUGGAUAAUUCUGAAUGUGGAAAAUCGAGGGGGAUACUAGGAACAUUGCUAGCUCUGAUUAUUAUUGGAUGGUGCAGUCUUUCAGCUUCCAAAAUUUUUACAUCUGCAUUGGCCAUGGAAAGACAGCAGCUUCUGGUUGCUUAUCCUUGUGCUUUAUUUUACGGACUUCUUGCACUUUUAACUGUUUUCUGAAAUGUACUUUGUGGUAACCUUAUUAUAUUUUUGUCAUGUUUAUUUAUUUAUUUAUAGUCCUAGAAUUGCAUUAAGCUCCAUUAACAAAAUUAGAUUAUGUGCUUUACCUUUUAUUUGCUUAAUGGAUGAUAAUGAAAUAAAAACAGGAAGAUAACUUUACUAAUAA